AUGUUGUGGACCCUUCUGGUUGUCCUAGUGGGAACGUGCUGCAUGGGUUCUGGCUCUCAGUCUAUAGUAUCUCAACCUCAGGCAACAUCAGUGUCACCAGGGAAAACAGUAAAACUUUCCUGCGUCAUGGCCAGUGGGAACAGCAUCAGUGGCUACAGCGUGUACUGGUACCAGCAGAAGCCGGGGAAUCCCCCAAAAUUCCUCUUACGCUAUUAUUCAGAUUCCAGCAAGGAUCACGGCUCUGAGGUCCCCACUCGGUUCUCUGGUUCCAAAGAUACAUCCAGCAACAUCUGCUAUUUAAACAUCGCGGCAGCCCUGGCAGAAGAUGAGGCUGAUUAUUAUUGUGCUGUAUGGCAUAGUAGCGUGUGUCACAGUGAUACUGUCUUAUGGGGUAGCACGACAAGAAUCGGAGCCCUACACCUCUUCACCAUGUUCUGGGCUGCCAUUGUGACCCCAUUAGUUAUAUGGUGCACUGGUUCAGACUCUCGGCCUGUGCUCACUCAGCCCCCAUCGGCAUCUGUGUCACCAGGGGACACGGUGAAGCUCUCCUGUCUCACGGGCACUGGGUUCAGCUUCAGUAGUCAUGAUCUGUACUGGUUCCAGCAGAAGCCUGGGAAUCCCCCAAGAUUUCUCGUAUAUUAUUAUUCAGAUUCCAGCAGGAGCCGGGGCUCUGGAGUCCCCCUUCGUUUCUCUGCUUCCAAAGACGUUUCAGGCAGCGCCGGCUAUUUAACCAUUGUGGGUGCCCUGGCAGAAGACGAGGCUGAUUAUUACUGUGCAUCCUGGUCCAACGCCGUGAGUCACUGUGUGUAUAUCUUCGGCGGCGGGACCCACCUGACAGUCCUAGGUCAGCCAGAAUCCCCUCCCAAAGUGCACCUCUUCCCUCCAUCUACAGAAGAAAAGGAAAGCAAAAACAAGGCCACCCUGGUAUGUUUGAUGGAUGGCUUCUAUCCACCUGACAUCACGGUCGCUUGGGAGGCUGAUGGCGCUGCUAUCUCCAGUGGUGUGGAGACGACCAGGCCGACAAAGCAGAACGACAAGUAUGUGGCCAGCAGUUACCUGACUAUGGAUGUCUCAGAAUGGGAACGUCGUGAUAGUUACACCUGCAAGGUGACGUACAAAGGGAUCGUCUACCCGAAGACCCAUCUGGCGUUCAGAGGUCAGCCAGAAUCUCCUCCUGCAGUGCACCUCUUCCCUCCAUCUGCAGAAGAGAAAGAAAGCAAAAACAAGGCCACCCUGGUAUGUUUGAUGGAUGGCUUCAAUCCACCUGACAUCACGGUCGCUUGGGAGGCUGACGGCGCUACUAUCUCGAGUGGCGUGGAGACGACCAGGCCGACAAAGCAGAACGACAAGUACGUGGCCAGCAGUUACCUGACUCUGGAUGUCUCUGAUUGGGAAAGGCAUGAGAGAUACACCUGCAAGGUGAUGCACAAAGGGAACGACUACCCGAAAGAGCAGGCAGGUCAGCCAUCGGUAGCUCCUACAGUACUUCUCUUCCCUCCAUCCCGUGAAGAAAUAAGCACCAGCAGCAAAGCCACCCUGGUGUGUCUGAUGUCUGGAUUUCAUCCAGCGGCAGUCCAGGUCGCCUGGAUGGCCGAUGGCAACGAGAUCACAGAGGGAGUGGAGACAUCCAGACCCACCAAGCAGAACGAUAAGUACGUCGCCAGCAGUUACCUGACCGUGCGCGAAGCAGUCUGGAAAAGCCAUGAGUCCUACACCUGCAAGGUGACACACCAAGGACAGGUCAUCGAGAAGACGGUGAACAGCUCAGAGUGUCAGCCAUCGGUAGCUCCUACAGUGCUUCUCUUCCCUCCAUCCCGUGAAGAAAUAAGCACCAGCAGCAAAGCCACCCUGGUGUGUCUGAUGUCUGGAUUUCAUCCAGCGGCAGUCCAGGUCGCCUGGAUGGCCGAUGGCAACGAGAUCACAGAGGGAGUGGAGACAUCCAGACCCACCAAGCAGAACGAUAAGUACGUCGCCAGCAGUUACCUGACCGUGCGCGAAGCAGUCUGGAAAAGCCAUGAGUCCUACACCUGCAAGGUGACGCACCAAGGACAGGUCAUCGAGAAGACGGGGAGGUUUUUGUACAGCCACGUGCCACUGUGGUAUGUCUUCGGUGGAGGGACCCAGCUGACCGUCCUCAGUCAGGCCAAAGCACCUCCUACCACACUCCUCUUCCCUCCAUCCUCUGAGGAGAUAGAAUCCAAGAACCAGGCCACCCUGGUCUGUUUGGUGAACAAUUUCUACCCUGGAGCCAUCCAAGUCACCUGGAAGGCUGACAACACUGAGGUCUCAGACGGAGUGGAGACCACCAGGCCCUCCAAGCAGAGCGACAACCUUUACCUGGCCAGCAGUUACCUGUCUCUGAGUGCCACGGAUUGGAAAAGCCACGAUGCCUACACAUGCCAAGUGACGCAUGACGGGGUGAAUUAUGAGGCGUCUGUGAGAAGAGCUGAAUGUUCAUAA